UACAUUUAUCCAUCUUUCUAUUUACAUGGAUGUAUAUACAUAAUAUGCCUUGCGCAUAAGUAUUACUGUUUUGCCGUAGUAAUAAUAAUAAUAAUAAUAUUAUUAUUAUUAGUAACUGUAGACUGUUGUAGUAACUAUGUCUAUAAAUGGUGGAGGAGUUGAUGUUUUAUGAAAAUAGCUCCAGUGAUGAUGGAACAGCGUAUAUUUUUAUUAUAUUAACCAAUGAAAACACGAGAAAGCAUUACUGCAGCUUUUUCUGGCACAGCGACAUCCGAUCCUCUGGUCAUACUCAAGAGCAGCUAACCUGGCCGCCAUUUUGAUGUCAUCAGACGACACACGUUUGAUGAACCAGCAGCAAUGAAACUUCGAAGUCAUUAUCAACUUUAAACCAAAAUCAAAAAAAAAGUACACAGACAGACAGCCACACACACACACACUUCUGUUUAUAACUGACAACCAGAUAUGUCUCACUUGCGCGAUUCAGAAGAGAAACCGAAGGUUUUAUUCGUUGGUUUAGUGUGUAUUGAUAUUGUAAACAUUUGCCCCAAAUACCCGGACGAAGAUACUGAUACACUAGUUAUUCAUCAAGAAUGGAGACGAGGUGGUAACGCUUCGAAUAACUCAACUGUUUUGUCCCUCCUUGGACAACCUUGUGCGUUCUUCGGAAGUAUGGCCAGUAGCUACGAGAAAGCGUUUCUUAUCGAAGACUUCGCCAAAUAUAAUAUUGACAUAUCCAGCUGCAUCUUCCACGAUGGACACAUCAAUAUUCAGACAGUGGUGCUUAUCAACUCUUUGAAUGCUUCUAGAACAAUCCUGUCUCCCCCAAUAAACCUUCCUUCGGUAACUUUUGAGGAAUUCCUGAGAAUUGAUUUACAUAAGAAUGCCUUUAAAUGGAUUCAUUUUGAGGCUCUGAGUGGCACCGAAAAUAUUCGGCAGCUCAAGAAGAUUCUCCAGUAUCUUUCCGAUACCAACCGAUCGAAAAACUUAAAGGAAAGAAUUAUAACGUCUGUUGAAGUCGAAAAACCUGAAAAAGAAUUUGAGAUUCUCUUGUGUGAACCAAAUUAUGUGUUUCUUGGCAAAGACUACGCUAAAUUCCGAGGAUAUUCCUCCAUGGAAGAAGCAGUAACGGGAUUGGCAAUUUCCUGUCCACAAAGUGAAGCUCUGAUAUGUACGUGGGGUGAACAGGGCGCCACCUGUCGACUUUCAAACGGAGCGAUUUACCACAGUCCUGCAGAAAAGUUAACAAACCCCGAGGAUUCAUUAGGCGCCGGAGACACAUUCACAGCCGGCACAAUUUACUCUCUGCUCCAGGGACUUUCUGUAGAAGACGCCAUAACAUUUGGAUGUCGUUUGGCCACCAGAAAAUGUAGCAUGAAUGGCUUCGACGGACUCAAAAACUUUACAUGAGACAACAGUUUUGUCUCAGCUUCUGUUCCAUAUCUCUACCGUAUGUGGAAUAUUGUGACCCAGAGUUUGGCUUCAUAAUUGUAUGAAGUAACAUGCACACAUAUCAUAAAUUAUAUAGACUUAAAUGGCAAUGCUCUUGUUUUCACGCAAACUCAAAACUUUUAUUCACUACAUUUCUAUAUUUAAGAGAUGAGGAAUUAUGUACAUUAUUUACAUUUGACGGGUACAGAUAAAUCGGGUAUAGCUGAUCAUGUAUGGAAAAAUGGAAACCACCACCC